AUGUCGGCCACCACUGACAGUCCUAUACCCUUAAUCACAACAUUCGCCCCUCCAGCAGCAUGUUUCACCAACACGUGGCUGAUCGAAUACGUCUCCGGAACCGACUACUACGACAAGAUCGGAACCGGAACCGAUACUAGCUGGUGGAUGAGUCUGGGUCCUAGAGAACAGGAUCUUGUUAUCCUUCGAGCUAUCAGGCCAGUAGCACAGACUUCUACUACUCCCCAGGGAUAUGUCCCUCGGGCCGGCACGACCUCGAGCACGGUGAGAGCAGAUGGGAUCAACGCUCAGGGUAUCUCCAUAUAUUGGAAAUCUGGCGAUUUUGCACCUAAAACAACGACAGCCGGCACCAUUACCAGCAGUCCCAGCAGCGAAUCUACAACAGGAGCUGCUGCGCAAGGUGUAACACACGGGACCAGCGACACACUUUCCACGGGUGCUAAGGCCGGAAUUGGGGUAGCUGCGGCAGUGGGGGCAAUUAUGAUGGUCACAAUCGCGAUUUUGUGCUGGAUGGUCCGGCGCAAGAAGAAGAACUCGAAGUUCGAGGAGACAGAUAAAGCUGAUGCCAUACAUGUGGCCCCGUCUGCCAGUGGGGGGAUGCAAGGACCAGCGGAAUUGAAUGUGGCGGCAGAUACCGGUAGAAUUAGAUACCAGGACUCGAGCUGA